GUUAAAGUUUCAAACUAAUUCCUAAAUUAUCUGAAAGAAGAAUGUGAAGACAGAAAAUGGUCGAUUGAAGUAGAGUACACAUUGAAAUUGGUGUCGCAGAACGGGAAAAGUUUGGUGAAAAAUGAUCACUACACAUUUGAAAAGCCUGCAGGAUGUGGAUCUACGGAAUUCACUAGUUGGAAGGAUUUGGAGAGUGAUUAUGUGGUUGAUGAUAGUAUUGUAGUUGAAGCUCAUGUCAAAAUAAUUAAAGUUACCGAUUCCCCAUGCAAUAGAGACGAGAAUCAGAAAAUAUUUCUGCUGAAUCACACUGUUAAACAUAUUUCGAGCAUUAAAGAAGGAGACGACUACUACACAAAAAUAGAAAAACGAUACAAUAUUCCAUGGAAAUUGGGGAUUCAUCGAAGUAAUGGGUUUUUUGGAUUAUUCAUAUAUUGUGACAAAAAACUUUCCGAAACCAGACCAUGGGGAAUCAAAGUUGAGGACACUCUUAAAUUAGUGUCUGUAAAUGGCCAGAGCUUAUCUUUCAAUGGAACACCUACUUUCAAAGAGCCAACUGGUUUUGGAUUUUCGAAGUUUAUAAGAUGGGAUGACAUGGAGGAGAAGUACGUGGUGAAUGACAGUAUUAUUAUUGAAGCUCGUGUCAAAAUAAUUGAAAUGACUGGGUUUGAAGAGGAAAUGGUCAUUGGUGAUAUGGAAAGUAGAUUGACAAAAUGUGAAGACAAUAGGCACAGAAACACGGAAAGCCGCGUUCAAAUUGAUAACAAUCAAAAUUGAGCUGGAUUUGGAACCAGAGAACUCAAAUUGCGAUGGAAUGCUCAUUCUUGGAGUUUUAA